UAGAGAUUUUCUUGACAAUCAAAGGAGUCUUUGAAUCUCAUGAUCUGUAAGUAUAUAUAUAAAACUUGAACCGAGUCAUUUUCCAUUAUAAUUUCAAGAAAUUGUCCAGUGUGGAUAGAAUCUUUACAGUUGCUACUUGUUUUUUCAAAUUCCAUCAAAUGUACCCGCCCUUAAUAAGUCUUGUACAACAAAAGCUAAUGUAUAUAUAUGUCUGAGACAAUCCCAGAAAAGAAGACUUGACCUUUCUCUUAAAAGCAACCCAACUUACCAUCUUCUCAUUAUCUUCAAAUUAAAAAUGUCAUUAUGAGUGUAUGGUCUGUGCCUUUGUUACUUCCAUUGAUCAUUGAUGAGAUGAGCCAUGCAUGACUCAUGCAACAAAAAGCUCAAGAUUCCACCCUUUAAAUACUCCUGCAGAAUAACAACACACACAGAAUAAAACAUUGGAAACCUAUAUUCAUCAGAAACGAAAAUGAAGAACCCAUUUCAGGAUCAAGUCAUUGGAAUCCCAAUCAAAUCAGUUAGCAGGUCUCCUGCAGUGGGAUAUUUACCUGAACCAGUAGACACCCAAUGCCGUACUUCAUGUUCUGCUAAUGGCUCUAAUGUUGCAGGCAAAACAGAUUCAAUGCUUAAAAGAAUAAACAAGCUAGGAAAGAAAGCAGACAAUUUUACCAAUUGUGUCCUGGAGCAUGUAAGACUGGGACCAAAGAUCACUGAAACUUUGAGAGGGAAGUUGAGGUUGGGAGCUAAAAUUCUUCAAGUGGGUGGUGUGGAAAGAAUUUUCAGGCAGUUAUUUCCAUUUAGUGAAGAUGAGAAAUUGUUGAAAGCUUCUCAAUGCUAUUUGUCAACAACAGCAGGCCCUAUUGCUGGUCUCUUGUUUAUCUCCACUCACAAAGUUGCAUUUUGCAGUGAGAGAUCAAUCAAAUUUUCCACUCCAAAUGGGAAAUCAGUUAGAUUAUACUACAAGGUCUUGAUUCCUCUUAGGAAGAUAAAGAGUGUCAAUGAAAGUGAGAAUGUUAAAAAGCCAUCACAGAAGUAUAUGGAAAUAGUUACCGUAGAUAAUUUUGAAUUCUGGUUUAUGGGUUUCUUAAAUUAUCAGAAGGCUCUGAAAUAUAUUCAGCAAGCAAUCUCCCACAGAUCAUAAUGUAUCUAUCAGAAAGCACUGUACAUGUACAAAACACAAACUUUGCAAGAUCAAUAAAAUUACAAUGUAUCAAAUUUUUGUUCUGAAGUAUGCUUUAAGGGAUUUCUGUGUUAUGGAGGCUAACUCCACUUUGAUAAUUUCGUUUUCACUGCUAAAACUGCACAACAUAUUCUUUACUUCAGUUCUACUUAAC